AUGAGUUCUUCGGCGUCGUCAGACUCGCGAUCAGAUUCUGGUCUCCGCGACAUCCAUCGGCUGAUCAGCGAAUGUCAUGAAGUGCUGGAAGUAGACCCGUCUUGUCUGCACACUCGUGCUGUACGGGGCCAUGCCUGCAUGAAAGCUAAGCUGUGGGAUCAAGCAGUACUGGACUUUUCAGAGAUACUACGCUGCCGUCCAGACGAUAUCCACGGACGAUUCAGUCGUGGUAUGGCGCUCUUCAAGAGUGGCCGGGUAGACGACGCCCACAGCGACUUCUCACGCGUCCUCGAGUUGAAUCCAAAUCAUGUUAUGGCGCGUUACGCUCGGUAA